GACUGCGCACGUGCCAGCCGGGAGGAGGAGGAGGAGGAAGUGUCGGCCGCUAGCGCCGAGCAGCCCUUGCGUGCGCCGCGGGGGAAGGCGCGCUGCCGCCACCAUGUCUCACCUCCCCAUGAAACUGCUGCGCAAGAAGAUCGAGAAGCGGAAUCUAAAGCUGCGGCAGCGCAACCUGAAGCUGCAGGCAAAGGCCUUGGAUGAAAGCCUCUCAGAUCCUCAGAACAGAGAUGUGUCUGCAGAAACAGCAGAGAUUAGAAAAGUUAAAGCUUCUCUAAAACUGUCUGUGAAUGGGGGCUUGUCAGAGGUACAAAAUGGACAAGUGUCUGAAGAAAAGGUGAAAAAUCUAAAAGCAAAAAAAUUACUGAAACAACCCAAGAAUGUGGAUUUGUCUGAAGCCCAAAAUGGAGAUCUUUCCAAAACAGCAGGGAAAGUAAAGGCUAAAAAAUCCCAGAAGCAGUCUAUGGAUGCGGGCUUGUCAGAAGGCCAAAAUGUUGAGUCUAAAGCAACGGGAAACGUAAAAGCUAAAAAAGCCCUAAAGCAGACUGUCAAGGAGAGCUUGUCAGAAGGCCAGGGUAGAGGUACACCUAAAGAAACGGCAGAAAGGGUGAAGAUAGAAACAUCCCCCAAGAAAUCUGCUGUGCUGACCAAUGGGGAAGAGGCAAUACAGUCUCCUAACUUAGAAUCAAAGAAGAAGAAGAGGAAGAAGAAAAAGAGAAAAAUGGUGGAUGGUGCUGCUGGUCCUGAUACCAAAAAAGCAAAAAUUGAAGACAAAGAGGAAUCUGAAGAAGAUGGAGCUCAGGCUCCUGAAGAAACAGAGAAUGUGGAGAGGCCAGACAAUGAGGAAGAUGACAGUGAGGUGCCCAGCCUGCCUCUCGGGCUGACAGGAGCCUUUGAGGAUACUUCAUUUGCUUCUCUGAGUAAUCUUGUCAAUGAGAAUACUUUGAAAGCUAUCAAAGAAAUGGGCUUUACAAACAUGACUGAAAUUCAACAUAAAAGUAUCCGACCACUUCUGGAAGGCAGGGAUCUUCUCGCAGCUGCAAAAACAGGGAGUGGCAAAACCUUGGCGUUUCUCAUCCCUGCAGUUGAGCUCAUUGUUAAGUUGAAAUUCAUGCCCAGGAAUGGAACAGGAGUCCUUAUUCUCUCACCUACAAGGGAACUGGCCAUGCAGACCUUCGGUGUUCUUAAGGAGCUAAUGACUUACCAUGUUCACACUUACGGGUUAAUAAUGGGCGGCAGUAACAGGUCUGCUGAAGCACAGAAACUCGGUAAUGGGAUCAACAUCAUCGUGGCUACACCAGGUCGUCUCCUGGACCAUAUGCAGAAUACCCCUGGAUUUAUGUAUAAAAACCUACAGUGCCUGGUUAUUGAUGAGGCUGAUCGUAUCUUAGAUGUUGGGUUUGAAGAGGAAUUAAAGCAAAUUAUUAAACUUCUGCCAACGCGCAGGCAGACCAUGCUCUUCUCCGCCACACAGACUCGAAAGGUUGAAGACCUGGCGAGGAUUUCUCUGAAAAAAGAGCCGCUCUAUGUUGGGGUUGAUGAUGACAAGACAAAUGCAACAGUCGAUGGUCUUGAGCAGGGGUAUGUUGUUUGUCCCUCCGAAAAGAGAUUCCUUCUGCUCUUCACUUUCCUUAAGAAGAACCGAAAGAAGAAACUAAUGGUUUUCUUUUCAUCUUGUAUGUCUGUGAAAUAUCACUACGAGUUGCUGAACUACAUUGAUUUGCCUGUCUUAGCCAUUCAUGGAAAGCAAAAGCAGAAUAAGCGAACAACCACCUUCUUCCAGUUCUGCAAUGCGGAUUCAGGGAUACUGCUGUGUACAGACGUGGCAGCUAGAGGGCUAGAUAUUCCUGAAGUUGACUGGAUUGUUCAGUAUGACCCUCCAGAUGACCCCAAGGAAUAUAUCCAUCGUGUGGGUAGAACAGCCAGAGGCCUGAACGGAAGAGGGCAUGCCUUGCUCAUUCUGCGCCCUGAAGAAUUGGGUUUUCUUCGUUACUUGAAGCAGUCCAAGGUUCCAUUAAGUGAGUUUGAGUUUUCCUGGUCCAAAAUUUCUGAUAUUCAGUCCCAGCUUGAAAAGUUGAUUGAAAAGAACUACUUCCUUCAUAAGUCGGCCCAGGAAGCAUAUAAGUCCUACAUCCGAGCCUACGAUUCCCAUUCUCUGAAGCAGAUCUUCAAUGUCAAUAGCUUAAAUCUGCCUCAGGUGGCUCUGUCAUUUGGUUUCAAGGUGCCUCCUUUUGUUGAUCUGAAUGUGAACACCAAUGACAGCAAGCAGAGAAAGAGGGGAGGUGGUGGGGGAUUUGGCUACCAGAAAACCAAGAAAGUGGAGAAGUCCAAGAUCUUCAAACAUAUUAGUAAGAAAGCAUCCAACAGUCGGCAGUUCUCCCACUGAGGACACGCCUUCCUUUGCUCUUUAAUAAGUGACCUGAAAUGAAUUCUUUGUUGAUUUAACAAAGGAAUUAUUGUAGCUUUAGAAUUUGAGCUGAUGUGACAGGUGUAUAAAGUGACUUCAUUUGCAAGCAUUGAGAGCACUGUUAUUUUUUAGGACAUAUUUAUUUGGAAAUAUAAAGCAGUUCCAUUUUUCUUGAUUGUACAAGGGUAAAGCACAGUAUCUUUUUCAUCUUUGUGGUGUUGGUAGAAUACUUUGUCUUUUUCUUUAAAAAAAAAAAAAAGAGAGGAAGGGGCCUGAGUGAUAUUACAGUGGGGAGGGCACUUUCCUUUCAUGUGGCCAACUCAAGUUCAAACCCUGGCAUCCCCUAUGGUCCCUCAGAGUCGUUGUAUUUUGUACCCAGGACUAAUUACUGAGUACAAAGCCAGGAGUAACCCCUGAGCAUCACCGGGUCUGUCCCCAAAGCCAAAGAGAUGGUAUAGCAAGUAGUGCACUUGCCUUGCACCGAGCCAACUUGGGUUCCUUCCCGGGCACCCUAUAUGGUCUCCCGAAGACUGCAAGGAGUAAUCCCUGAGUGCAGGGCCAGGAGUAAGUCCUGAGUACACCCGGUGUGGCCCAAAACACAAAAGUGCCAUUUUAAUUCUCUUUCUGUAUCAUUUUCUGUUCCUGGUGUCUGAAGUUUCGUGCAGUUCGGAUUACUGUGCUGAGUGCAGUGGUGGACAGAUGACCUAGCGCACUGGACUGGUGGUGGUGGUCACUUGCCUUUGUAUAUUUGUUGGUUUGCUGUUUCCUGGAUCUUACCAAUAGUCCUUACUCUCUCCUAAGAAAAAUGCUGCAGUGAACAGGGGUGAGAGCUGGAGGAUACUCAUAAAGAGCACCAUAUGUGUCAGAGGUGGUGAUUUUUUAUUUUGAUAUAUAACACAUUUGUAAACAAUGAGCCUGUUUCAAUGUAACCCCCGACCCCCAACGACUAAGAAAUGUGGGUUAUUUCUAAUUAAGCACCUUCUAGUGUGAAGGGUGGGGAAGUCCAAGGAUUUGAGAAUUUUGAGCUUCAUUUACACCAAAAUAGGUUCUCCAAUUAAUAGUUUAUCAGAGAUCGUUUUAGGAAAAAAUAGACACAAAGGAUGGAGGCACCAAUUCAAUCAGCUUAUCAGUGGCUGAAUAAAUAGCAAUACUACUACACUAAAAAAAAAAAAGAAUGGAGGCACUAUUUUAGCAGCAUUCAUUUCCGGUGUUUUAGGUAAGACCAUCUAAUUCUUCUAAAUACUUAGAAGGAAAAGCAGAUAAUUGGUAAAUUUAAGCCAGGCCCUCAAACAGUGCACAGUGCAAGUUGAUGUCUGUGUGUAUUUUGAGAAAAACAGCCUCUUUUAGAUCCUUGAAUCAUAAAUAGAUACACAGUGAAAACUGGAAUUAGAGAGGUCAGAGAAAAACUCAAAAUGUGCAUUCUGUGAAUGGGCUUUUCUGUAGUUCUUGACUCCUAAUGUGUUUUAUGUCUUAUUUCUAGGGUGUUUUAUACCUACCUAAUGGUAGCUGUAUUUUGUAGCAAUUCAGAACCAAAGUGGCUUGAAUCAUUGCUUUCAUGCCAGUUAACAUUCAUAGAUAUCUAUUAAAUGUAAGUAAGUAAAUUGAGGAUAUGAAACAGGAAUAUUCCAGUUGGAAAGAAAAGAGCAGUAUUUCACAUCACCCAGGAGACCUGAGGUGCAUUUCAUUUCUGGACUGCUGAAUUCCUGGCAUUUAUUAACUAUGGUAGCUUAUCUUUUGUUUGAGAAAUAAUCAUGUUUCAGAAAAUGUAUAAAAGCAGAGGGCAGAAUAGUCACUGAAUAAAACUCAGUGUUUGUCGAUAUUUUGAAAUAUAACAGAGUUUUUAUAUACUUGUUAAUUUUUUAUCAGCAGUAAGAUCAUCUUCUACCCACUAUUUGUAACCAAUUGUUUCGUAAUGUAUGUUUUGUGUCAUUAAAUAAGUUCAGGAAUUCUGUGUCAACUUA